UAUCUGAUUUCAGAUUACAAGAUUAUGUUCAUUCUUCAGACACUCAUUUCUUCAUAGAAUUCACGCUGUUCAGUGUUCCCGCGCUCCCUUCUCCCACUCCUGGAGACUAUCUUCUUCUUCUUCUCUUUAAAGUGUAAACCUUCAAAUUACACAAAACCAAAAAAGAAAUUCAAUUUUCUCUGUAACCAAACGCAAUGAGUGAGACCGAGAGUCCCAAGGCUGAGCCUAGCGCUAACUCUAACCCUAACCACAAGCGCGGAAGCAAUUCUUCCGAGGACCAGGCCGAUGGCGGCGGCGUUGUGAAAAAGUUGAAAACGGAGCGAUUUUUCGAGAUCGAAGCUGAUGCGGCGGAGGACAAGGGCUCGAGGCACACCAUGGAGGAUACUUCGGUUGUGCUUCUGGACGCCACCGCCGAUUCUCCCUCGAACUUGAGGUGUGCACAUUUUGCGAUCUAUGAUGGACAUGGAGGUCGAUUAGCUGCAGAGUAUACUCAAAAGCAUUUGCAUGCAAAUGUUCUUUCGGCUGGCUUACCACGUGAGUUGUUGGAUGUAAAAGCAGCUAAAAGAGCUAUACUUGAUGGUUUUCGGAAAACUGAUGAAUAUCUUCUUCAAGAAAGUGUUUCAGGGGGAUGGCAGGAUGGUGCAACUGCUGUUUGUGUUUGGGUAUUAGGAGAAACAGUUUUCGUUGCUAAUGUUGGGGAUGCAAAAGCGGUGGUUGCACGAUCAUCUACUGUUGAUGGAUUGCAGAAUCAGACAGAUGGAGAAAGUCAGCUGAAGGCCAUUGUUUUGACUAGGGAACACAAAGCCAUCUAUCCACAGGAGCGUGCUCGCAUUCAGAAGGCAGGUGGUGCAGUAAGUUCAAAUGGGCGAUUGCAAGGGCGCCUGGAAGUUUCUCGGGCCUUUGGAGAUCGCCAGUUCAAAAAGGUGGGUGUUGUUGCAACCCCAGAAAUUCAUUCUUUUGACCUCACAAAUAGAGAGCACUUCAUCAUUCUUGGUUGUGAUGGCCUCUGGGGGGUAUUUGGACCAAGUGAUGCCGUUGAUUUUGUUCAUAAAUUAUUGAAGGAGGGUUUGCCUGUCACCACUGUGAGCCGUCGUCUUGUGAAGGAAGCUGUUCGUGAGCGGCGCUGUAAAGACAACUGCACUGCAAUUGUGAUCGCUUUCAGGCACAAGUAAUUCCAAGGGCCCCAACUUUGUUCUAAAAGGAGUAUUUCACUAUCGAUCACGUUGAGGUUUUGUUAAAUUGUUAAGCUCCUUGCGUUUCUCAUGUGUUGUCGUACUGUCAAAUAUUUUGAUGAGUUGCUCAGUUUUGCAUACCAAGUAGGUAGAAUUAGACUCUGGGCAUUGUUGUGAAGCCAACACACUAUUCACAAGUUGAAAUAUGCAUAAGAUGUGUAACAGUUUAAAUGGGUGUGGUUGUAUAACAAUUGCAAUGUCUUCUAAGAAUUUGUAGCUCUAACAUGGUAUCCUGAAUGUUGGUAUCUAAUAUGUUUUUCUUCC